AUAAGACGAAGCUGGUGUGGGAGGGUGAAAGUCGGUGUGGUGGUCGUUAUUGAUUGCGAAGCCGCACUAAUCGCGCAAGCUCGCUGUCCGCCCUGAAUGAAGUGACGUGCUUUCUCGCAUAUGGAGACGCGAAUAGAGAAACGAUAAGACCUGUGCAGGGCCCUCAGCAGCCGACCAACAGCAGUGACGACGACGACGACGACGAGAGGAUGCUCCUUCAUCGGGGCUGCACUUGGCUGACGUUAAUGCCGGUCCUGUUGAGCUUGUCCACCGGCGAGCUCAGCUUUUAUCGGGAUGCGCUUCCGGAAACGUCGGAGGAUGUUGCGCUGAAGUUGGCCCGUUAUUUGGAGGCGCAUCGUCUUCAGCAGCGUCUUCAUCGGUCGCACCUGCCCACGUUCCUGUCGUCAAUGUAUAAGAAGCACAACAGUCUGCUGGACCAUCAGGACGAGCGCGAAGUCCUUUUAAAAUUUCUGUCCAAUAGAAAGGAUUUCUUGGAAUGGUUGACGCACUUUUAUCGUCAGAAUCAAAUUACGGAACCAGAGUACCUUUCGUCUUAUUUCAAUUUGGAUCUCAAGCGUCCGACUUACUCCGAAGAGAAACAGUCGAAUGAAAAUGAUGGCCGUUUCUCCAAAGAUCUCGGGUACGGGAAAAUUUUCGAUGUGAACAGAGAUCCAAUGGAGUCCACAUUAGACUCUUUCCAAAAAAAAUACAUAGAUUUCAAUCACGGAACGUUCCAUCAUGAGGGCGGAAUGGAAGCAGCACCUAUACGUCCGGCAACGGCAGCUGCAUCGGGAGCGACCGAACCAGAAUUCACGUAUAAAUUUGAUGACUCGAAUCUCAAGGAGAAGCACCCGUUUGCGAUGAAACCGAAUGAUCCCAGAUACUACGACGAGGAACCAUUUUCGUCAGAUGAUUUAGAUUGGCAAGACAAUUCAAGGAUGACUUUGAAGGAAGAGAAAACUGGAAAUAAAGAGCGAACAUUAGUAAAACAUGAAGAUGACAUGCGGAAUGUCAAGCAGGAGACGGAUUUAACCGCAAGUCUCGACGUGCCGGAACCGGAUAGACUUGCGGGACGUCAUCCGGUGAUCAUGCCCAUAAAUCAGGACUUCAACAAUGACAUUUAUUUUAUUGCUAUUGUGGCCGGUUGCAGUGCAGCUGCGAUGUUUGCUUUAGUAUUGAUUAGUUUAACGUGGUGCAGAUUACAACGCGGUGCGAAAGCUGCGGCGGACAUAGAGUAUCCUGCUUACGGUGUGACAGGACCGAACAAAGAUGUAUCACCUUCUGGUGAUCAGAGGCUCGCCCAGUCUGCUCAGAUGUAUCACUUCCAACAUCAGAAACAACAAAUUAUUGCCAUGGAAAAUCGUACUUCUGCAACGAGGGAUCCGGGUUCCCUUUCGGAAGCGGAGAGCGAUGAAGAGAAUGAGGAGGGUGAUUAUACCGUUUACGAAUGCCCAGGACUUGCAUCUACGGGCGAGAUGGAAGUGAAGAACCCGAUGUUCCAUGACGAUCCUACUCCGGCGACGCCGGCGACGCAGAGCAACAAAGAAGAGGACCACAUAUAGUUUCAAUAAAGUAGAAAAAAUAAAAACCGUACGCGCGCGAUCUGAAGAAAUCUUUCCCGGUGCUUAGCUCACUAUUAAUAUAUCAUAUCGAAACGUUUAUCUAUUAUAUUGAGUGUAUACAACUUUAAUAUUUAUAUAUGGCGCGAUGAGAAAGAGAGAAAAAGAGAAGCGACGCGUUUUACGGGAAGAGAUGGGAAAGAAGAGACUUCGGUUUGAUACCAAAACGAUGACCAAUGUCAUUUUUCGUUCCGGAAGAGAAUAGAAACGCUUAUAUAGUAAAUGAAAUUGGAGCACGACAAAAACGAAUCAAUAGGUGCGCGUUUUAUGCGGGUGGAUUUAGUACCUGCGAUUUGUCGAAUUGGAUCACAUUGUCGAAUUGGUGAAUCGAAUCGAUCUUACGAAAUGCCGAUGGUGCUUCAUCAAGGAAGUUCAACCCUAAAAAAAACACCAGUUUUUUAAGUUAUAUUACAAGAAAUAUAUUGUAAAAGAAGAUGAUAGAGUUUACAUCGUCUUUUUUCCAAUAACACAUGAAGGCGACGUUAGUUUUUGCGAAACGUUAUAUAUAUAUUGGCUGCGUUCAACGAAAACAGAAAAAGCAGCUUAAUAAACAUGUAUUAAUUGGAUUAUACUUUUAGAUCUAGAGAAAUGGUUCUACCUCAACUCAAAAUAUAAAAAUAUAAUUCAAUCAAUGCAAAGCGCUCCCUUAACAACUUUCUCUGCUGAACGCAGUCAGUUUUUUUUUUUUUUUUUUGCGAUUUUAUGAGCGGAAGUAACGGAAUCCGAUGGCGAGUGAAUUAUCGAUCAAAACCGCGUCUAUGCGAGAACACCCAGUUUUCUAAUAUCGCGACAUACUAUAGUUUGUACUUUCAUAGUAGGAGCAGUUGCCGCACGAUUGUCGCAAUUAUUUUUCUAUGACUCGACACCGGUUGCACAUACAGCUCGGAUAUCUGGUGAACACACUUGACAGAUAUAUACGAUCGCGCGCGCGAUACAUUCAUCGGAUAUACUGUGCUGUUUGAGCGAUGGUAUACCAAAGUCUAUCGUCCGAGAUUAUACUCCCUUGAAAGUAAAAAAAAACUACGACUGUUAAUUUGGGACGGUCCACGGUUAUUCGAAUCUGUUUAGUAUUGGUCGGAUAUAUAUGGAAAGUUAUAUACAAUAUUAUUGUAUAAUUAUACGAUUAUAUUUCACAAAAUUUUAACUCUUAUACAUCUGUCUUAGGGUAUACAAGCAUAAAUACUACACUAAACAGUGUUCCGCAGAACGUAUCCGUUUUACACACAGUUUGAGAACAGAAUGCUAUACGUUGGAUUUUUAUCAUUGCAAAUAUUUUCUUUUAAAAUUGCAAUGAGAUUGUGACAAAUAACAUGGUUUAAGUUUGUGUUGUACUAUUUCUAGAUAGAUUAAAUAAGAUAACGAGUUUCUGGCAAGCUCGUUUAUAAAUAACGAUAUGUUUUAUCGGAAUCAUGUUAUAAAAGUUUCUCUUCCGAAAAGAAAAAUUAAUUAAAAAGUUCAAGCUUCUUAUUAAUUAUUUUACGAUUGUUUGUAAUGUGUGCUAAGUGAUAACACCAAAUAGUUUCAUUCGAACUGAAGAGAAAAUUGUUUGAAAGUAUUUAAAGCUCGAUAUAAAGUAUACUGUUGUGCGUUUUGUUAUUCUAAUCUAAAGUAACAGUCCCAAAUUAUCUUCUGCUUUAUGUGAUACAAGAAAGUCAAUAGCAUGAGCCGAUGCAAAUAUACAAAUUAAGUUGUCAAGUUUUCCAUCCUCAGAAAUGCAGCGUUUCUUUACGAAUUAUAAUUACGAAAAUGUGCUUGCUGCGAGGAAACUGUUCUCUUUCGACAGUUGCCGAUAUAUAUAUAUAUAUAUCACACACACACAAACACACGUGCAACACACACGUACACGUACAGAUAUACACAUAUACACACGCGUAACAUUUGUUGGCUUAAAAGGACAAUAUAUUUUAUUUUUCUAUUGAUAAUGGUCAUUGUUAGCCAUGUAAAGGGAAUCUAAUCGCUAUUAAUCUUAAAUCAAAUGCAGAGCUACUAUUUAUUUUAGCGAAAUGUUAAAUGUCUAUUUAAUGCGAGGAUUCAAAUGCAGAGAACUAAUGGGAGGUGUACCGUGUGGUGUACCGGCCCUCCCCGUUUUGCGUUGUAGCUAUUACAAAAUCCUUCUCUAUUCGCCGUUUACGCUAACAAUACAGGCAUGUGGCAUAAGAUCUCUAAGUGGUAUAAAGAGUUCUUCCUUUUCCCGCUACCUAGUACAUUAUUAAGCGAUUAAUGUACCUUAGCUGAUGAGUGUGAUAUGUUAAGUUAAGUUAAAUGAAUAUUAUAUGUUUCUAGUCUUAUGCUGACACUGUGGCCGGUAUUCGUAGUCGGUUCUUAUUUCAAGAUCGUCUUAAGUAAUGUCUUAAGAUUGGUUCGUGACUUUUUAAGACUG